AUGCAAGGCCUAAGUCAACUCACUGCUCUGGCUCUUCUUGCUAGCCCAAUUUUGACCAUGGCAUCGGCUGUUCCAACUUCCACUAGCGAGCCAUGCCCAGGUCCUUCUGAGCCUACGCCAUCGUGCAUAAAGCCCAAUCCCAAGCAAUGGAUACCCAGGAACCUCACCUACCCAGCAGACCCUAAUGCUGAGCUUGAGCGACCAACCAAGUGGGUUCCCAAAAUUGGACAAUCAUGGCAGAUUGUGCUCCGUGGCACUGUCGACGAGGAUAUUGAGCCUCUGAUUCCAAACGUUGACAUCUGGGAUAUUGAUGUGGAAUUAACCAACAAUACUCUCAUUGAAAAGAUUCACAAGGCCAACAAGAAGGUCAUGUGUUACUUCAGCGCUGGUUCAUUUGAAGCCAACCGCAGCGACUGCAACAAGUUUCAUGAAGAGGACUUGGGAUGCCAGUUGAAAGGAUGGGACGAUGAGUGGUGGUUGAACACUGAUAACGAAAAUGUACGCAACAUCAUUGCUGAGCGCGUCAAAUUUGCGGCCCAGAAGGGCUGCGAUGCCAUCGAUCCGGACAACGUGGAUGGAUAUGACAAUCCUGAAAAUGGCCUAAGCCUUACUCCUGGACAUGCCAAGAGACUCAUCCAGUUUCUGCGCGAGGAAGCCGACAAAUACAAUAUGGCACUCGGCCUCAAGAAUGCAGGUUGCAUUAUCGACGACGUCUUUGACCUGGUCGACUUUAGCGUUAAUGAAGAGUGCGCUGGUCUUAGGACUGGAGAAUGCAAAACGUACCGGGAGUUCACUAACCCAACAAAGCCUGGCAGAAGCAAGAAACCGGUCUUCAACAUCGAGUAUGGAAACGAGGUAGCCCCUGGAAAAUACGUCAUUGACGAAGAGUUCGUUGCUAUGGUUUGUAACCAUACUGGGCCUGCUGAAGGAAACAAAAACUUCAGCAUUGUUUUCAAAGACCAUGACAAUGUUGAUGGUUGGGUUGAAUACUGUGACAGAAAGAUUUAUAACACAACGCUGAAGUACCGAAAGGGUGAUGACAAGCUGACGGCGCUUCCUCUUUAG